AAAAAAAAAAAAAAAAAAACAAACCAAUACAUAAGUAGAGACACAAGUAAGCUUUGUGUUCCAGAUUUUGUGUCUCUUUGAAACAAAAGAAUCCAGGCACAAUGAAGAAAAUAUUCUCAAAAUUUGACAAAAACGAGAAGCUCGAAAACAGCACAACGACAAAGGAGACAAAUAGUUUUGUCGGCAAGGUGUUUGUUGUGGGUCGAGUGUCUGUGACGGUUGAAGAUGUGCUGGCAGAAGGUGGUUUUGCGAUGGUAUUUCUGGCAAAAGCCAAUUCAGGAAAUGCUAAAUACGCCCUUAAGCGUAUGUAUGUAAAUAAUGAGCAUGAUCUGAAUGUAGCUAAACGAGAAAUUCAAAUAUCCAGCAAUUUAAAUGGCCACAAAAAUAUAAUCGGCUAUAUCGACUCAAGCAUUACUCAUACGGGCAAUGGAGUUUGUGAGGUUCUUCUUUUAAUGCCUUACUGCAAGCAUCACAUGCUGGCCAUGAUGAAUGCAAGAUUGCAAGUUGGCUUCACCGAAUCAGAAGUGUUGACUAUAUUCUGUGAUAUCGCUGAGGCAGUUUCACGCCUGCACUAUUGUCAAACACCGAUCAUCCAUCGUGAUCUCAAAGUUGAGAAUAUACUGCAAAAUGAUGCUGGCAAUUUCGUAUUGUGUGACUUUGGUUCGGCCACUGCAAAAAUCCUAAAUCCUACAACACACGGUGUAACUGCCGUUGAAGAAGAAAUUCAAAAAUACACAACUCUGUCCUAUCGUGCACCUGAAAUGAUUGAUUUGUAUAGUGGCAAGCCCAUAACAACAAAAGCAGAUAUUUGGGCCUUGGGCUGUUUGCUGUACAAAUUAUGUUUCUUUAAUUUGCCUUUUGGUGAGAGUACACUCGCUAUUCAGAGUGGUAACUUUUGGAUUCCUGACAAUUCAAAGUACACAAAAGGAAUGCAUCAAUUGAUAAAAUUUAUGCUCGAACCAGAUAUGGAAAAGCGACCCAAUAUAUUCCAAGUGUGUGAGAUUGCCUUCAAGCUAACAGGCAAAGAGAAUCCGGUACAAAAUCUGCACAAAUCACCUCUACCCGUACUCGAACAACUGGCAGUGCCUCCAUUCGAGACUGAAUUUAAACGCCUCCACAGUUCUGCUUCCGUCAAAGUCAAGCCCCAAAGUGUACCUAUUGUAGAAUCUGGAACAAGUGUUGCACCUAGACAACGACCUAAAGGAAGUUCAGCACACAGUCAGCACCCAUUGUCCUUGGGCUUACCACCUAGUCCAUCGCCACGCAAUAAUAUAACAUCACCCCAACCCGUAGUUGAACAAUUCCAAGCAAACUUCCCAGCAAUUACUGCUCCAUCUCAGCAACCGGCACAACAACAACAACAACAAAUAGCAGCUCCACAAACCCAGCAACAGCCAGCACCAGUCACAACACCAGUUCAAGCAAUGCAACAGCCAAUACCGACGGCACAUUCACAAGUACCGCCGCCUCCAACAACAGGCAACAGAGCCAAUUUGGAUAGACUCUUUGAAUCAACUUACCCAGAUCCGUUUAGUGAAGCAGCCAGUAUUGCAGCUGCUUCCAUUGAGAAUACUCUGCCCGAGCAGCCGAUGUCACUUCCACCGGACAUGAUUGCCGCACUUGGAACUCCAACAAAAACAAUGCUGACACCACCAAAGUCUAGCGGUGGUCAUAGACGCAAUGUAAGCGACACUUCGGCAUUCAAUAAAACUUUUGCAAACGAAACUUCCCAGUUCCUUGCUCCCUACGAUCAGUCUGUGAAGAGCCGCAGUGGUAACGUUGAAUCACCACCCAACAGCGCUGGUGGCGGCAGUCAAGGCUCCAACCCCGGGCUUUUCCUAUCCGAACAGAAUAUGGCCAAUGCACGCUUGCUAUCGCAAUCGAUUUCUGCUUCCAUUUCCAAUACAGAGCUUUCUAGUUUGCCAGCUAAUACGACAGGAACGUCGUUAGAAUCAGCUGCAGCUACUGCGGGUGCUUCGCUCACCCUUGAGGCAAGGGUCGAUGCUUGGAAUCCAUUCGAAGAGCAGCCAUUCAGUCAAAUGACUGAGGAUCAUAUUUUUGAAGUGGAAUUUGAUAAGAUUCGUCAGCGUGGUAGUCAAGGAAGUAUUACAGCAAAAUCAGGCUCGACUGCAUCCACAUUGACACCGACUGAAAACAAUCACUGCAGCAACAAUCAAAUGCAGUCCACACCAAUUCCCGUGGUGGCAUCUGCUGCUCCCCCAGCAGGAGUAGCCCCAGUUGUAGCACAAGUAGCAGCUCCAACCACUGGUGUCAGUGGCGGUGGGCCAACUAUAAACAACCCCAUCAUCCCUGAGGACCCAUUUGGUUCGGCACCAUUUAGCUUGCCACCCGGAUUGCGUGAGAAAGCCUCAGCACUAAGAAAAACCGGAGCUCAUCGUGGGAGCGCCACCAGUGGUAGCACCUCAGUCACCAUUCCCCAAGCCUGUGGCACCACAUCGUCAACCUCAUCCAAAUGGCUGCUCUCACCAACAUUAGAAGUGAUUUCAAGUGAAGAAAAAGCCUCAUUGCUCAAUAAUUUGCGUUCUGAUUCCGAACGUGAUGGUGAUACUACAACCAUUGCCGGUGUUGGCGGUGGUGGUAGUAGUUAUGUCAAAAUACCGUUAGAAGAUCGAAAUAAAUACGAAAAGCUGCGUAGCAACGAUAAUCCAACUUCUGAUGACUCUGAUUCAGAGUUCUUCAAUGAAGACUAUGGAAGCAGCAAGAAGACCAUAUUCAAACACAUUGUAACCAAUAACAUUCCAGAGAAGAUUCACAAAAUCCAACAAGCAGCUUAUCAUAAAGUCGAUAAGACUCAAAUCAAAGUUCCAAUAGUUAAAAAACUACGAUCUUCUACGAAAGCUAAAAAUUUGUCAUCAUCAAAUUCCACUUCCACACAGCAGGCAGCCGCCUCUGGAUCAUCUGGAAGCAAAAAUGAAAAGAAAAACAACAAUUCAGAGCCAUCUGUUGAUGGGAAGAAAUCUUCAGCAGAACGUGACGAAGAUGCUGAUUCAAUUGGAUCGGCAAGUGAUUUGCGUGCUGAAGAUGAUGACUUUUUCGAUGAGAACAACAUGAAUUCGGCAAAUCGAUUCAAAAAACCUGUCAUGGAUGACGGAAUAAGUGAGAGUGUGAAGACAUGCAGCUCAUCAGCUUAUCAUGCUGAAUGUGAAAGUGUGACAACUCAUGAAGAUGACGUAAGUCGAGUUGUUGUUAAAGUUCGAAUGAGGAAGAAGGAUCGCAUGGCUGCCGAAGGGGGCAUUAAUGUUGUCAAUGAGAAUGAACUCAGUCCUUCAUCGAAUGAUUUCCUACACAAGUUUGGUGAUAAACCACUUUUACUCGAUGAUGAAUUAGAUUAUGGUUCUGGAGAUAGUGAUUCGAAGGGUAAGAGUGAAGAAUCUCCAGAAGCUGCAAAUGAUGAAGAAGAAUUGGAUGUCUUUGCUAUGGCGCCAUUCAAAAUGCCUGUAGCAUUGCCGAAGAAGAAGAAAAGUCGAGCCAAGAGUCUUCCUGUGGUCGAUUCGAAGAAGGAGGAAGAUGAAAUUUGGACUUCUACACCAAUUAAAGAGGACAGUCGACAAGGUAAACGGAAUUCUUUCGUAACCUAUUUAACUGAGUCGCAACCACCAGCUCUCCCAGCACCGCCGGUAUCGGUGCGUCCCUCAACAUUGACACCAAAACCUCGAAGACAACAACUUGAUGAGUUCAAUGAGCCGGUUUUUAAUCCAUUUAUUGAUGGUAUUACACCAAUUAUGCCUCCUCCUCCAGCUAUUCCGCCCAAACCAUCAAAAGUGCCGGCAGUAUGUAAAGUUCAAAGUUCCUCAGAUUUUGGUAUGGUGACAGUAAUAUCGGCCCAGCCGUUGCCGCCUUUGCCUAUGCCACCCAUCGAAGUCCCAUCAUCAUCAUCAUCGACGACUAAUGGGCGUGAUCUCUUUGGCUCGGAGCCAUUUCCACAGGUAAUUAGUAAAUGUGUCACCCCUAUAAGUCAAUUUACACCCGAUCCAGUCCAGCAAUUGGUUACCGUUAAUCACUCGAUAAUUAUAAAUAAAACCCCUGAACCAUCUCCAAACGUUAUUGGUCUACACCAGCAUCAACAACAGCAUCAACAACCACUUCCCUCGUCGUCCUCAUCCUCGUCCACCACCAAUACCCAAUAUAUGGGUGGUUUUCCUGUCGGUGUGUCGUCGUCGUCCAGUGCUCUAAAAACCCCGCACGAUUUCUAUCCCAUUGCCGAUAAUGAUUUCGUGCAAAUUAACCAAGAUCAUUGUUCCGAUUUUACCCCAGACGAUGAAGAAGAACCUGUAGUACCACCAUCCAGCAGCAGUGGUGGUGGUGGUGGGGGUUGUUCAGCUGCUGCUGCUGGUGGAGGUAUUAGUAGUAGUUCAUCCAAACCGAAAAAAGAAAAAUCUCAUCUGGGAGUGCGAACACUACCAGCAAAAAUCUCACAAAAAGUUAAAUCAAAUGUCGGAACCUACAAGAAAGUCUCAUCAUCCAAAAGUAAGAAAUCACAAUCCUCCUAUGACAAUGACGAAGAAGAAGCUGGCUACUUUAAAUCAAAUACUAUACAAAGUUCCAAAGCUGGAUUUAGUAAUAUGAGCUUUGAAGAUUUUCCAUCGGAUCAAGAAAUCGAUCGUAUGUCAAAGACGAUUCCAUUCGAAGUGGUACGCAAUGAGAAGAUGCUUUUGGAAGCCGAAAAGAAAUUUGGCUCUUUGAAGAGACGGAGUAAUUUAUUCUCCUAGAAGCGAAUCUUCGAGACUAAAAAGUCUUUGAAGAAAGAAUUUAAGCAAGUUUUGCAAAAAUACUUUUAAUUAAAAAAAAAAAUAAUAA